AUGUUUGUUCGAAUAAUCCAAUAUUGCGGUUUCAUUACUUCAGUCUUUCUCAAUUUAUUUCUCGCAUUCCUAAUUGCCACAAAAAUGAGCAAAAAAGUUGGAUCCUACAAAUAUCUCAUGUUAAACUUUGCAUUUUAUUCAAUCUGGUUUGCUAUUGUUGAAUUUUGUGUUCAACCAAUUAUGCACUCAAAGGGCUCGAUUUUUGUGAUGAUGGUUGAUAGUUUUCUCAAGGAACAUCAUUUUGCUGGCCUCAUUUUGCUAUGUGAGAUUUUUUUUGGGAAGAAGAAGCUAAUAUUCUGAAUCUUCUUUAGAGCCUGGUCCAAUUUUUUUCAAAUUCAGGUUUGUACAUCGGCUCGUUUGGUCUAUGCAUCGGUCUCCUAGCUGCUCAUUUUUUCUACAGAUAUCUAGCAGUUUGCAAGCGUCAAGCUUUAGCUUCUUUCGAAGGCUUUAGGCUUAUCAAAAUGUUUAUUCCCGGAAUAAUCAUGGCUACGAUUUGGACUCUAAACUCAUAUUUUAUUUUGAAACCUGCUCCGCUGAAAUCGCAAUUAUUAUAGUAAGAUUUCCCUGGUAUUCCUAUAAUAUACUCAAUUUCUUUUUUACAGUGAAACAGUUUUGGAAUCCUAUCAAGUUGAUAUUUAUGAUGUUCCCUACGUCUCAAUUUUAUACUAUGUGAGCUCUCAAAAAUAUUCUCUUUGAGUUGAGAAAAAAAGUUUUCUUGAUUUUCAGCACAGGGACAGUUCUAAUAACUUGAUUAUUGAUUGGCUUGAUUGGUAUGAUUCUUGCAUAGCUGUUCUAAUUAUGAAUAUUUGUUUUUCAACAAUGAUUUAUUGUGGAUAUCGAUGUUACAAAGAACUAGAUCAUAUCCCAAACAUGAGCAAUCGCACAAAAAAUCUGAAUCGUCAAUUAUUUCAAACCCUUGUUGUUCAAACAUUAGUCCCAUUAUUCACACUUUUCAUCCCGGUUUCGAUACUUUUUACACUUCCAAUGUUUUCGAUUGAUUUGGGAACAAUUGCGAAUACAACUGGAGCUUAUGCGAGUAUUUAUCCGGCGCUGGAUGCAUUGACUGUUAUUUUUAUGAUUCGAGAUUUUCGAGAUGUGAUUUUUUGUCGAAUGAAGAGGGGGAAGAUUGGAGUUGUAACGACGAAAGAUACGUCAUCUGUGAUCAAAGGAGAAACUCCGAAUGUUUGA